AUGAGGACCCUCGCCCUCCUUGCUUCCCUUCUCCUCCUUGUCCUCCAUGCCCAGGCUCAGAGCCUUGAAGAGAGAGCUGACCAUGUUCCCGCCCAGGACCAGCCCGGGGCUGAGGUCCAGGACAUGACCAUCUCCUUUGCAGGGGACGAACCCUCUUCUCCAUAUGCUGCAGAACUUCAGGGAACACCCACCUGCCACUGCAGACCCUUCACCUGCUAUUCUGGUGAGAGUCCCUCUGGGCAUUGUGAAGGCAAGGGCUUCCAACGUAGGCGCUGCUGUCGUCGCUGACGUUGUGGAUUGAGAUCCACAGCUGUGAAGGAUCCCAUUUGAUAACUUGGAAAAGGGUUUCUUUUUUAUAACUUGUACCUUUUCUUAUUUCUCUUUCCAAAAUAAACUCUCAGCAUUAAA